UCUGUCUGAACGCCAGACCGGGCCUUUCUUUCAUUCGGGCCUCCGGCCGGGCAGUCCUCUUCCGGAGCUGCUCCAGAAAAGACUGCCUGCGAUGGAGGCGGCCGCUCUCUUCUGCCACCCGCUCUGGUUCAUCUGCUCCUUGGCCCUCCUGGCGCUGCUGUGGGUCCAAAGGAAGAAGAGCUGGAGGCCGGACGCUUGUCCCGUAGACCUGACCGGCAAGACGGCCAUUGUCACCGGAGCCAGCAGCGGAAUUGGCAAGGCUGUCGCUCUCGACUUGGCACGCCGGAACGCCCGCACAAUCCUUGCCUGCCGCUGCAGGGAGAAAGGCCAGGCUGCGGUGGAGGAGAUCCGCAGAGCCACGGGGAACCCCCAGGUACAGCUCGGUCUGCUGGACGUCAGCUCCAUGGCCUCCGUCCGUGCCUUCGCCAGGAGGUUCCUGGAGGAAGGGAGCCAGCUGCACAUCCUGGUGAACAAUGCGGGUGUCACAGGCCUGCCAUUUGCUGUGACGGCUGAGGGCUUGGAGCUCACAUUUGCCACCAACGUCUCGGGGGCCUUCCUCCUCACCCACUUGCUGCUUGGCACCAUGAUGGCCUCUGCUCCGGCGCGCAUCGUGAACGUGUCUUCCUUCCGGCACUUCUGUGUCAAGAAGAUGGACCUGAAGUUGCUGACGGGGGAAGAGCGGACCAAGAACGCCAGCCAGGCCUACGACUGCACCAAGCUCAUGAAUGUCAUCUUCACCAUGGAGCUGGCCCGGAGGCUGCAGGGCACCGGCGUGUCGGCCAACGUGCUUAGCCCAGGCAUCGUCCGGACGGAGAUCCUGCGCUACUACGGCCGGGCCAGCCGCAUGCUCUACUGGCUCUGCAGCCCCUUCAUGAAGAGCCCCCAAAAGGGAGCCACCAGCACGCUCUACUGCGCCGUCUCCCCAGAAGCGGAGGGGAUUUCGGGCAAGUAUUUUGACAGCAACUGCACUCUGGUGCUGCCUCAAGCCCUGGCGCAAGACCCAGACCUGGGCCGGAGGCUGUGGGAGGCGCUGGAGAAGGCCACGGGCCUCGAGGCGGACGGAAGCCAGCAGGCGGUCUCUGGCCCUCUGCCGAGGGGACGUUUGGGGGCUUCUCCCUCUUUUCUGGCUGGGGGAGCAGAAAAGCUGCUGCUCAGCAACGUGGAUCUCUGACUCCCUUUCCGAGAACUCUUCUCUGCAAAGUUGCCAAGAACCACGGCCAGGAAAGCAAAAUUCACCCUGGAUUUUCUCUCAUGCUGUGAAUGAAGGACUUUUGAGGACUGCCGGGGUGGGGGUCGGGGUGGGGGGCUCCAGGGCUCUGUUGGAGUUUGUGGGGCCGGGGUCUGCUUUGACUCUUCUUUUUCCCAGGCUGUUUGCAUGACGGAUUAAAUUUCUUGGAAAGCUGGCCGGAACCUCUCACCUCCUGAUGGUUUUUCUCUGGAGCUGAGGAUCCCCUCAGCUUCCCCCACCUCUCCCUCCCUCUCUCUCUCUCUCUCCCUCCCUCCCUCUCACCAGCAAUGCCUUAUCGGUCUUUUUUCUCUGCUACCCUGGUUCUGCUGUGGGGUUCUAGCCUUUAAACCGUGAAUAUUCCGGUUACAAUAACAGAAUAACAGAGAUGGAAGGGACCUUGGAGGUCUUCUAGUCCAACCC